CCUCGCCGCAAGGGGGCGACAAACUGCGGAGGCGAGAAAGCGGAAACGCUGCCACCGAAGAAGCGUUCACGCGCCUGCCCGUCAGGAGUGCUAUGGCGGUCAUCUGACUGAUCCCGCUCGUUUGGGAUGCCCCCUCUGUUUAUUUAACUUGAUUUUGCUCGUUAUUGUCGAAUGAAUGCGGCGCUAUGGUUGGCCCAGAAGAGCCAUGGUAGUCGUCAAUUCUGUGCUGAAGCUGCUACAGAGGCAGACGUACACCUGUCUGUCCCACCGCUAUGGGCUCUACCUCUGCUUCGGAGGAAUCGUCCUCAUGAUUGUGUCCGCUUUCCAGUUCGGCGAGGUUGUGGUUGAGUGGAGCCGAGACCAGUACCACGUACUGUUUGACUCCUACAGAGACAACUUGGGUGGCAAAUCAUUUCAAAGCAGGCUCUGCCUCCCCAUGCCCAUCGAUGUGGUGUACACGUGGGUGAAUGGCACAGACGUGGCUCUGCUCAAGGAGUUGGAGGCCAUGAGAGAGCAACUGGCAGAUGAGCAGAGAGCUCUGAGAGAACGUCUGGGGAAAAAUGCAAGUGAGACAACAGAAGAACUCAAAAUUAGGGCCAAAGCGGAAUGUUUGCUGUCUCACUGCAUCUUUGCGCCCAUGUUGGCGCUGGAACCCGCCCUGCCGGCCAACGCCACGGUCCAGGAGUUGCCGCAACUCUCACCUGCGCUGGCAGCCGCCAAGGAGUUGCUCCAACUCCAUAAGCCCGUCCACCCGUCCACCGCCGCCUCCGUGCUGGUCUUCAAUUCCCAGGCUGACGCUGAGAAAGCCUACAUAGAUGCGUUCAAGGAAGACAAGAAAUUGUCAGUGUCCAGAUGUUACCUUACCACAGAUAAAGAGGCUCCGGGUCUGAUCCGCAUGCAGACGCUGGCCUACCUCAGUGGUUUCCCGGGGUCCUUCAAGGAGACGGAGCAGCUGAGAGCAAAGCUGCCAUCUUUUGUCACCAACAAGAUGAAACGGUUUGAGUUGUAUUCGGAGGCGAGCGUCGCUCUGCUUCACCUCAAAGGCCCGCAAGACUUCGCUGACCUCAUGCAGAAGUCCAAGAAGAACCUGACGCUGGAUGGGAAGGAGCUGACCAUUAGUCCCGCCUACCUCUUCUGGGACCUGACCGCCAUCUCGCAGCCCAAACAGGAUGAGGACGUCUCGGCCAGCCGCUUCGAGGACAACGAGGAGCUGCGCUACUCUUUGCGCUCCGUGGAGAAACACGCCCCCUGGGUGCGACACGUCUUCGUGGUCACCAAUGGGCAGAUUCCCUCCUGGCUCAACCUGGAUAACCCCCGCGUUUCGGUCGUGGCGCAUCAGGAGCUCUUCUUGAACCACAGCCACCUCCCCACGUUCAGCUCGCCCGCCAUCGAGAGCCACAUCCACCGCAUCCCGGGACUCUCGCAGAAGUUCAUUUACCUCAACGAUGACGUGAUGUUUGGCAAAGACGUCUGGCCGGACGACUUCUACAGCCAUUCGAAAGGGCAAAAGGUUUAUCUCACCUGGCCCGUUCCCAAUUGUGCGGAGGGCUGCCCGGGAUCCUGGAUCAAGGAUGGCUAUUGUGACAAGGCGUGCAACAACUCUGCGUGUGACUGGGACGCAGGAGACUGCACUGGUGCCGCAGAGAGCGGCAGGUUCCCCGCUGGCGUCGGCGCCGGUGGUCCCGGCGGAGCCGGCGGACAAAUGUGGCAGUUUGCCGGCGGUCAGUUCGGCCUAUCCGCGGCCUCGUACUGUAACCAAGGUUGCGCCACCUCCUGGCUGGCGGACAAAUUCUGCGAUCAAGCCUGCAACGUGCUCUCCUGCGGCUUCGACGUGGGAGACUGCGGCACGGACCACUUUGGAGAGCUGCACCGCGUCACCCUGCUGAGUGACCAGACCGCUUACGUCCUCCCAGUUGGAGAGAUCAGACCUUAUUUCAGCUUUGAGCGGCUGGCUCACAGGGUUUCGGAGGCCCACGUGAGUGACAACCCGGUCGUGCGUCACACCUCCGUAGCCAACAAAUGGAAGACCAUCCACCUUCUGCUCCACCCCGGCCACAAUGCCAGCGUGGUCCAUUACAACGUCACCUUCCAAAGAGAGGACAGCACGGCGUUCACCAAGAUCUUCGACGUUACCGUCGACACGCGUCCGCUUCCGCAGGUUAACAGGACGCAGGCCAGCAGGGAAAGUUCCAGCCAGAAGCCUUCCGCGACGACGGAAGCGCUCUUUUUGUUCUCGGACGUACCCGAGGACAAGAGGGCUCCCAAGAUCCGGAGGAAGCAACCGGAUGAACUCAAGGCCAUCGUAGAAGUUCCCGCUGUCAACGAGUCGCUCUUGCCAGCUCCUGUGCGCAAUGAACUCGAAAAACUGGAUGAGAAACUCCUCAGAGGAGACAUCACGCUGAAGGGUUACAACCUCACCAAGGCUCAACUGCUCACCGCCGACUGGGAAGAACGUGACGGGGACCAACUUGCCGUUCCGAGCGUGGCGGAGAGGCCCAAAACCCCCGAACUGCUGCGCCACAUGACCAAAGUGAAGAACACCGAGUGGCAAGUGCAGCCCAAUCACAUCGCUCAAGUGGGGAGGAAGCUCCAGCACUUUGUCCCUGUUGACAGGGGCUUUCUACCCUGGGAGAAGAAGAAAUACUUCCAAGACCUGCUGGAGGAAGAAGAGCACCUGAAGAGGGCGCUGACGUACGACACGGACGGCACCGCCGGCGGACGCAAGCUACGGGACACGUUUGCCGACUCGCUGCGCCACGUCAACAAGCUGCUCAACCGCCAGUUUGGCUUCGCGUCCCGCAAAGUCCCCGCACACAUGCCGCAUAUGAUUGACAGGCUGGUCAUGCAGGAGCUGCAAGACACCUUCCCAGACGACUUUGACAAGACGUCCGGCCACCGCGUGCGCCACCCGGACGACAUGCAGUUUGCCUUCUCCUACUUUUACUUCCUGAUGAGCACUCAGCAGCAGCUUAACAUCUCGGAGGUGUUUGAUGAGGUUGACACCGACCACUCGGGCGUCCUGUCCGAUCGCGAGAUUCGCACUCUCGCCACGAGGAUUCACGAGCUGCCGCUCAGCCUCCAGGAUCUGACGAGCUUGGAGCAGAUGUUGAUCAACUGCUCCAAGACGCUCCCGAGGAACCUGAGUCAGCUGCACCUGGCUAACCCCACACAGGAGUCCUACUACGACCAAAGCAUGCCGCCAGUCACGAAAGGCCUCAUCGUGCACUGCACGCCCGUCUUGGACCGCAUUCGCAAAGCUUUCGUGGACCAGAACAAGUACAAGUUUGAGAUCAAGGGCGAGGAGGACAUCGCCUUCAAGAUGGUCCGCACCAACGUGUCGCACGUGGUGGGCCAGUUGGACGACAUCAGGAAGAAUCCCAGGAAGUUCAUCUGUCUGAACGACAACAUUGACCACGCCCACAAGGAUGCCGCCACCGUGAAGGCCGUGCUGAGGGACUUCUACGACUCCAUGUUCCCGCUGCCGUCCCAGUUCGAACUGCCCAGGGAAUACCGCAACCGCUUCCUGCACAUGGACGAGCUCAAGGAAUGGCGAGUCUACCGGGACAAGCUGAAGUUCUGGACCCACUGUGUCCUGGUGACACUGGUGGCUUUCACCGUCAUGUCCUUCUUCGCCGAACAGCUGAUCCAACUAAAGCGCAAGCUAUUCCCCCGACGCCAAAUGGCCAAGGAUGACAACCCCGAGAGAGUAUGAACCAGGAAGGCGUCGUCCUCACGAGCAGCAGCAGCAGCAGCAGCACCUCCUCCGUCCUGUUUGCUAGAUUUUUUUUUUCCAUUUGGCGAAAAAAAAGCUAAACUAGUGAUGAAGCCCAUGAUUUUUUUUUUCAUGGUUUCUAACUCAACACUCCUGAGGUCCUCUACAUAAACUCAGUUUUGUUUUUAUUCUCGAGGCCGUGCGCCGAAACAUAAAAAUGGUUUGCCUGGUGUUCCCAAAGCAAAAUUUUCUUUUGCCAUCGUGAUGGGAACUGUCGGACAUUUUACCGCCCACUUUGUUUUAAUGGAAUUGUAUGAAAAUGAAUCGUUAAUUUAAGUCAUUGUUGAUUGUGUCUUCAGCAAUAUGCGAUCGAGAAGUGCCUUCUUUGUUCAUUCCGAUACUUUUUUUGACAAAUGCUGUUUGUGAAAAUCUCAUCUACCAAUGUGCAUGCGUCCGUGCGUGGAUUCAAUGAGCCUUCCUUGAAUCAGAGUGUUUCGCGCCCGCUUUCCUCUUCAUCGUCUGCAUAUAGGUGUCUCCGUGGGACUCGGCAGACUCACUCUAAUGUCUGAAAUUCAGACACCUCGGCUCUUAACUUAUUUUUGGGAUUGUGACGUGGCCGUGGAGACCGAGCGCUUGAUCACGUGUGUCGCCGCCCUUUAAAAAGUCAGUUGCUAUGGUUCUUGCGAUUGAAAUAAAUUGUGUUUGGCCGGGUU